AUGAAUACUUUGUUUUUCAUUCUUCAUCUGCUCAUUCUAGCAGGGGCCGCCUGGUGCUCCUCUGAUGAGACAAAGCUAGUUAAGAUUCUCUUCAACGGUUACAAUAAGGUUGUCCGUCCUGUCAACCACUUCAAGGACCCGGUGGUUGUUACUGUGGGCCUCCAGCUCAUCCAGCUCAUCAGUGUGGACGAGGUCAACCAGAUCGUAAGCAGCAAUGUGCGACUGAAACAGCAAUGGAAAGAUGUGAACUUGCAGUGGAACCCGGAGGAUUACGGGGGCAUCAAAAAGAUCAGAGUUCCCUCCACUGACAUUUGGCGGCCUGACCUGGUGCUCUACAACAAUGCUGACGGUGACUUUGCCAUCGUGCACCAGACCAAAGUGCUGCUGGAGUACACCGGGAUGAUCACGUGGAACCCACCUGCCAUCUUCAAGAGCUACUGUGAAAUCAUCGUGCUGCACUUCCCCUUUGACCUUCAGAACUGCAGCAUGAAGCUGGGAACCUGGACCUACGAUGGAAACCUAGUCGUCGUCAAUCCUGACAGUGAUCGACCAGACCUCAGUAACUUUAUGGAAAGUGGAGAGUGGGUGAUGAAGGACUAUCGGGGCUGGAAGCACUGGGUCUACUACGCCUGCUGCCCAGAGACACCUUACCUGGACAUCACCUACCACUUCCUCAUGCUGCGGCUCCCUCUGUACUUCAUUGUCAACGUCAUCAUCCCCUGCAUGCUCUUCUCCUUCCUGACCGGCCUCGUCUUCUACCUUCCCACUGACUCUGGGGAGAAGAUGACUCUCAGCAUCUCCGUCCUGCUGUCUCUGACUGUGUUCCUGCUGGUCAUUGUGGAGCUGAUCCCCUCCACCUCCAGUGCUGUGCCGCUCAUUGGGAAGUACAUGCUCUUCACCAUGGUCUUCGUCAUCGCCUCCAUCAUCAUCACUGUCAUUGUCAUCAACACCCACCACCGCUCCCCGAGCACCCACACGAUGCCAGACUGGGUCCGCAAGGUUUUUAUUGAAACUAUCCCCAACAUUAUGUUCUUUUCAACGAUGAAGCGCCCGGGCAAAGAGAAUAAGAAUAAAAGCAUCUACGGUGCCGACAUGGACAUCUCCGACAUCUCUGGCAACCAGACCACCUCUGUUCCCUACCAGUCGCCCAUCACCAAGAACCCUGACGUGCACAGCGCCAUCGAAGGGGUCAAGUACAUCGCAGAAACCAUGAAAUCAGAUGAGGAAUCCAACAAUGCUGCUGAGGAGUGGAAGUUUGUGGCCAUGGUGUUGGAUCAUAUUCUGCUGUGUGUCUUCAUGGCCGUGUGUCUCAUUGGCACGUUGGGAGUGUUUGCGGGACGUCUCAUCGAGCUGAGCAUGCUCUGA